CCAUCUUGGAUUACGUUCAUGGAUCGACUCGUGCGUUGGUGAGAGUUGUUGAUAGCUGCGAAUCUUGAAUUUCGAUUCAGUGCUCGCGUGUGAAAUACUCUAUCGAUUAAAAACACCUCCAGCAAUAUGACAGACAUUGACGCGAAAGUAAAUAUGUCACUCGAUGAUAUCAUAAAGAUGGAGAGAAAGAAGAAAAAGAAAAAGCCUAUAACUACCAGUGAAAAGGGUGGUGCAAAGCAAAUUCGAGGCAGCAGUGUUCUCCGAGGCCCAGGAGGUUUUAAGAACCGCGGAGUUAAACCUGGGGACCAUAGUGCAGAUCCUACUUGGCGUAAUCAACGUAAUCAAACCACUUUACAUGGUUUCGUCAAAAAGCGAUACGUUAAACCUGGAGGCAUUACAAAAUCUCGAAGCAAUCUGUCGCUCAAUCGUAAUAUACAAAAAAAUAAUCCCAAAGGAAGUUACGUCAUUCGACGCAGUCAAGGAAAUAAAUUAAGUGCAAAUCGUGGCAGAAACCGAAUAAACAUGAAUUUUGGACAAGGAGGGUUUGUCAACAAAAAAGGCCUCCUUAAGAAAACCAACAGUCUCCCCAACUUAAGAGAUCCAGAUUCUGUGUACAAUCGUUUGGGUUAUCAAAGUCCGGCACAAAUUGCUUAUCGAAACCGCAUGAAACGUUCCAAACAAGUGCUUUUUCAACGGGAAAACCAGACAACACUUACCAAUAAAUUCAGGAUUCCACCAAUGGGGGGAAAGUCACUCACAGCUCUUCAACAGCGUACUCUGGAACGUCCACAACAAAUACUGACAUCUCAGCGUCGUUUCACCACCGGUGGACUUCGUUCCGAUCAAAUCCUAAGGGCUCAAAGGAGAGCACAAUAUGAACAAAAGCUCCUAAGACUGAACUCUAAUCGAGCAAAUCCUGCUUUUGACGUCAACUUCAUGUCUGCGUUAAGCGGAAACUAUCUAGCAGAUCCUCGUCAACAAUCUCUCAUUUUGUCGCAAAAUCAAGCCAGAGCCAACAUUAACAACUUUCAACAACUACCCAGAGGACGAUCGCCGUUUAGACCUAGUGUGCAAAACAUGAAUCUGAUGAGUCGUCCCCAGAUAUAUGGUCAACUGAGAUCAAAGUCGAGGUCCAGGUCUAGGUCAAGAUCCAGGUCAGUGCCCAGGUCACAAUCGAAACACAACAUAACAGUGUCACUGUCAAAUUGGCAACGUCAGAUUGCACCGGUUUCUGUGGACGACGACGACCGUACAUUUAGUACUUUAAUGUACAACGUGAGUAAUUGUGGGAGAAGUUUCGGAGUUACAGGGCGAACCCUCAACGAGAGAUUCAGUUUGUGAACGAGCUGUCAAUAAAUGUAUACUGGAUGAAAACCUGAAGACUGCAGCAACGAGAGAGAGAUUUGGGGAUUUGCAACAUUUAUAGCUAAAGUGCGCGUAUGAACAAUAUACAAAUAUUAAAUAAUCGGCGGUACAUGCGUUCUCGACUUUGUUGCUGUUAUAUCGUGCGAAGGUAGAACGAGUGAUUAAGUAUUUAGAGUAAUAUAUUAUACGUAUAGACGUAUGUAUAUCAGAAACUUCAAAGAAAGGUUCAUCUCGCCAUGGCGGAGAUGAAAUAAAAAUCACUUUUACUGUUAAAAGUAUUCAAUUGAACUACUCAAAUUGGAACGAUGAAUUUUAGAUCCAGACACUUUCGACGACAUGAAAUUUGUUGUCAGUAUUUUAAGAUUAACAUUCGUUCGGUUAGAAUGCGGUAUGGUGACCGCGCUCACUAAUUUAUUAUUAAUAUUCCUGUGACAGUGUCGCAGGAUUAGAUGUAAGAAGGGAAUUGAGAAUUCCCAUUGCAAUUGAGAUAAUUGAGAUAACGAGAGAUGGCAUCGCGUAUUUCUCUUUUAUAUUGCACUUUCCGUUUACGAGUUGCUUAAGCGUUGAAGCGAUUACGUCGAUCACUAUUUUCUUUUAAAGCUACCGGGAGUUCGGAAUUUGCUUACUAAAUGGAAAGACAAACCAAGAUACUCUUAACGUCGGUUGAAUAAUGCGAUGAUGUCUGAAUUAUGCUGCUUUUCACGGUAUUAACAUUACAUUAAUAAAUGGAGUGUCGCUCGGUACUACUGGAACACCUUUAAAGUUGACUCUGUAUAGCGUAGCAAGUGAUUACUAAUUAAUGUACGUAAGAUAAGCGACAUUCUGUACAGUAGUUGCGCGAAGAUACCUGAAAUUUGUACAAUAAAGGUACAGAAAUGGAACAUGAA